AUCGGAGUUAUUAUAUUGAUAAAAUACAUAUAAAUUAUAAAAUAAAUAAUUUAUGAUUUCUAACAAAAAAUGCAUUUCUUAGUGCAUAACCGUUUGCUCAGAGCUAUCACGCCUAAUAUUAAAAGUUCAAUUUGUUAUGGAGUUUUGAGAAGAUUGAAAUAUUUUUUAGUUAAUUAUACCAAUUCGUAAGGAUCUGUCGGGUCUACUAGUGUAUUUAUAUAAAUACAUAUUACAUAUGUAAUAAGUAUUUUCUGUUUGUGUUUCUUACCUCCUUCUAUUAUUCUGUAGCUUUGUAUUUUGUUAUUACCUAAGGUCAAUUCUCAUUUCUCGCAACGUUCUGUCAGUUGUCAGAUGUUUAUUGAUAAAUCUUGUUUAUAUUUUAAUAUUGUGGUGUUUUAAUUUUAGGAACCUUUGAACAAAUAAAGCAGAAUAAAUGCUUAAUUCAUAGUAAUAUUACUUAUAGAUUUGGAAAAAGUCCAAAAGGCGGUCGAUUUAGGUUGAACGUAUAAUAUCAAAGGAUUCUCCCUGUUCCAACGCUAUGUGGCGUUUUAUGUAUUUUUAUCCGUGAUUUAGAUGACUUAUUUUCCUUUCGAUAACCUUUAACACGGGAUUUCUUACUGUAUUUAAGCAUAAGUUUCCUGAGACCUCGUGGGAAGACGUAGCAUAAACUAUAACUUGAACUGAAGCUUUUACAAAAUAAUGAUAAUAACGGUACUGGCACUUGUACUGUUAAACGGGUUCUUAAGUUAUGCGGAAUAUGUGAAUAUCAAUUGCAGCAAUCAUUCCGAGUCUAAAUUUACUUUUGUUCCUAGCAAAGAUGUUGCAGGACGUUAUAAUAUUAAUUGGUGUACAGAAAGUGAUAAAGCGGUGACGAAUUGGGAACUCACUUUGAGGUAUAUUGAAAAUAGCUCAGAGAAUAAAUGCCAAAAAUAUAGCCUUGACAUGAGAGGUCCUCAUCACUCAUUUUUUCAAAGAAAAUUGAAUAUGGAUCUCAACUGUACAAAUGUGUGCUUUUCAACAAGUUUGGAUCUAAUAUUUAAUGGCACUUGUUAUCACAUUAAGACCCUACUUCAUCAUGGGAAUAUCAGUACUAGUCCAAGUGAUUAUAUUUUUUAUGCCAAAAAUGAAUUUUCAAAACAACAUUUUACAGAAAGCCAAAGUCCAGUCAAUACACAAAGUAAUGGCGAGCAUCUAACUGUGCACUGGUUCCUGAGCUACAUACCAGCUACAGAGUAUUCAAUGUAUUUGUUUGGCGACUCAACUGGUCAACUACCGAAAGACGUAACCAACAAUUGUACCGUAGUAGGCAGAAGGCAAACCGAAGUGGUGUGCUCUUUGUGGGUGCCCUAUGGAGACUAUCGGAUGCGACUCCAACAUUUGGCACCAUGGACAACUGGAUCGAUUUUUAACUCUAUCAUAAAUAGAGAUUACAGAUGGAUAAUGCAAUCAGUAUGGAAGCGGAAUUCGCCUGGAAUGUGUCGCACUCGCGUAGUGCUCGUAUACGCAAGGGAUUGUCCGCACGUUAUGAGGCUGGCAGCUGCAUUAAGAACGCUUUUAUCUCGUGUCACUGAUGACCCGGUGUAUGACGUAUACUGCCCUGAACGAUGGUCGGCAGUCGCAGGUGCAGCGGGUGAGUGGAUGCGACGAGCUGUGACGUCACCUGACACACGACUGGUGUUAUUGCAGACACCUGCGCUGCAACACCUGCAUCGGGCUACUGGGGACCUCACACCUGAACAUCCACUGCUAGGCAGUGUUGCGGUGUACCGUCAGCCGCAUGGUGCAGAUGAAUUGGUGACGCUCGCAUUGCGGCUUCUCAACGAAACUGCGCACCGUACCGCGCAGUACCACAAGUUCUAUAAGAUCACUGUAUCAGGUCUGGAGGUGGACGUAGUACCCACAGUGACACCUUACCGCAGCUAUCAGUUGCCUCAAGACACGCUUAUCUUGCUACGAGAUCUCGAUCCAUCUCUUUUCCACACCGAAUCUGUUCAGACCCCCAAUGAGGAGAACCGGUUCUCAAAUGAAGCCCCACUUAACCGGUUUCCAUCCGUCGGAGACCCCCAAUCUCCCCCCGAUAACCCCGAGCUUAUCAAGGAAUUGCAAGUACUUCAAGAAGCAGCUUCGGAACUAGUCACAUACGUGCGUGAAAAUCCUGCCUAUUUGACUGAACAGCUCUUCUUUAUAUAAGAAGGAGUGCGUGACGCAUACGACUAAUCGAAUCGCCCAUGAGCGGCGAGAUUCCUUAUUCGGGAUAAACAAGGAGAUUAGGGGUGGUUUAUCCUUAAUGGCAAUAUUAUGUGCAUUUUUACUUUCAACUCAAGGUCACGUGACCUAACCAAGGGUUUUUAAUAACGUAAGACUCAAAUAACAAUUAAACGUGAAUAUUGUAUUAGGUGUACGCGUAUUAUAAAACAAAUUAUCUAUAGUUGUAAUUGCGUUUCAAUCUAUUAUAAAACCGACCUAGUAGGAGCCAAUGUUUUGCAAGUUCGUUAGCUUGGUCACGUGACCAUUUCCAUACAUUCUUUAGCGGUAGUGGUUCAGUGUGAUUAUGCCUCGAGCCCCAGGUCAAUUAGAAUAACUUUUGUCUGAUAUUUUAUACCAUACAAUACCCUCUGACGUUAUAUACGUAACGGGCUUCAAGUCUAUUUUAGGUACACAAUGAGAUUGUAUUCAAUGUGUAAAUUUUUGUAUGAAAAUACUUUUGCGCUGUGUAGUCAUUUUACGCAGUUAGCCUUUACAACUUGUCAGACUUGUAGAUUUGCGUUUUUUUUUUAAACUCGCCCGGGCUUUGUACUGUCAAUCGUGAUCCGUAUUCGACCUUGAAAAAUGACAUACCUACCUCAUAAAUAAUUCUAGAUUUUGGUGAAAAAAAGUUUUUCAAACAACAAUUUUUUUUUUGAGUUUAUCGCCAAGGACGGACGGACACGACGAAAGAUUUGUUUUUAUACUUUUUGGUGGGCAUUAUCAACUUCUGCUGAUCAGUGUUGACUUUGGACUUGGACAAUGGACUUUUUUUCUAUGUGUUUCAUUUGCUCGAACGGUGUAGGAAAACAGGACGGCGUGCAUCGGGCACAGAAGGCUGAUCACCUACUUGCCUAUGACAUUAACAAAUGAUCAUAAAACAUAUACAGAAAUCUUCUUUUUAUUUUUAUUAUCAAGUUCUACAACUUUUCUCAUUACAUCACCAUCACCAUCCAUCACGAAAGGAACAUUUUUGUUCCCCAGCUUCUCUUGGACUUUCUUUCCAUAUCUGACUUAUUCUUUUUCUUAUCUAAUUUAUAUUUCUUUAUCUUAUUGCUCUCGAAUUCGAUGCGUUUAGAUUUUUCAAGUAUCAAUAUUAAUGUCGAACUAUAAUGACGUAAUGCUGUCAGCGUAACAAAAAAGAUAAUUUAACACUGCAACGACCUCAAAUCAUAACGGUUUUCUUUUCGCAAAGACUAUAUUGUUACUUGUUUUGAAAGUUUGAGUCCUGUGUAAACAAAUUUAGCCCUUUACAAAAUAUAGGACAAUAGGGCCGCGAAUUUGUCACUAGAUGGCGUUCUAAUUAUAUUUGCGUCUAUUUUGAUUGUAGAUUUUUAUCAAUUUUUAGACAAAAUUGGUGCUUAGCGAUUUUCAAAAUCAAGAACGAUUUUGAUUGUGUGCCUUAUUAAAUUUAAGAUUUAGCGUCAAUGUGUAGUUGAUGAUUUAGCGUCAAUGUGUCGUUGAUAAUCUAGAUCGUAAUUGUAUGACGUCUACUUAUAAGUGGAACAGCCUCGAUGUUAAAAACAACAACGAUUGACAUUUUUGACGCUUGUUUAUUAUUCGAGUAUUGACAGGCAACUAUAGACAAAAGUUUAGGGUUUCUGUAUAUUAGUGACGCGGGUGUGGCCUUUCGACCUUAACAAUGACGUUUUACAUUAACGUUAGGUUUGAAAAAUUGUAUCGUAUGUUAAAAAUGUAACUAUAUUAAAUGGAUUAAAAUUGUUCUGUUCUAAUAUUUGUUUUCAACACGACCAGGUGCUACUACCUGAACUAGUCUGGUACCAAUAACUCUCAUUUAUUAUUAGUAUUUCAUAGGAUUUUCAGAGGCAUGAGAACUUUACACCCAAAUUUUUUAAAUCGUUGUACAUACGACUCCAUAUAAGGAUAAAAUGUCAAGAGUAAAAUAAGAAUUAUUUCUCCUACCUAGUUCACAAAUACAUAUAAUUUUUUUUGACGUGACAACGUCUAAUAAAUCCUUGAAAGCCGGCAUCACACAGGAAAAAGAAUGACUCAUUGUACUCUAGCGCCGAUUUCUUCCACUGGAUUGGCCUAUGCGUCCGAGGUUUAUUGUAUCCAUACAAAACCGUGAUAAUUCAAUAAAUGUGAUUCAAUUUUAUUUAUAAAGUAUGCAAUCAUUUCAUUAAUGUUUGUCAUGACGUUGUCACGUUAAACUGUCGUCCGUAAACCGACUUUACAGACCAUUUUUUAUAGUAAUGUAAUCUUAAAUGUAUGGAUAAUAUUGUAAAUAUAGUUAAGUGUUUUUUUUUCAAUAUACAGAAACUGAGUCAUCCCACCCAUAGUGCCUUAUUAAAAGCAAAGGCUUAAACACUUCUUGUUAUACGAUAUAAAUUUUAAUAUGUUAUUAUGUGUCUGUCACAGUACGAUUUCUGAAAAGGCAGUCGCGAACCCAUUGGCAUGGCUGUUCAUGACCCAUGGUGUCAGAUGGACCUCCAGUCUCUUGUUCUAUAAAAAAAGUUAAACAUCGUUUUUUAUAAAUACUAUUCAAAUUAAAUUUAGAAUUGUCUAGUUUAAUAUUAUAAAACCUAAAUAUAUAUAAAAUUGUUGUCAUCUUUAAGUCAGUUUUCAUUAUACUUAUUGUCUAAUCUUACACAUACAAUAUAAUACAAUAUUAUGAAAAAUAUGGCAGAGAUACUAUAUAUUAUUGUACCAUAGAUAAUAUUGUAUGAAAUUGUGGCCUUAAAUAAGUCGUUGUUAUUGUUUUGUUAGUAAUAAGAGUCGUUAAAUUAAGAAAUGUAAAACCAUAAUGUAUAAUGAUAGUCGUUGUUAAUUGUUAACAAUACACAUACCAAAACUUA